AUGCGUCUGCAAACCGCUGCGGAUGAAGUCCGCUGCAAAACCUUCCCCAUGUUUCUGAAGGAGAAGGCCCGGCUCUGGUUCCAGGGUCUGGCACGGGGGUCCAUCCGGAGUUUCCCCGAGCUGGCCAGACAGUUCGCCGCCCAGUUUGUCUCCUCGAAGACUUACUCAAAAAACGUGGCUCACCUGAUGGCAAUCAAGCAUAAGCCGGACGAGUCCCUGAGGAAUUUCAUGACCCGCUUCAACACGGAGAGCUUGCAGAUCAGGGACAAGGACGAAAAGGUGGUCAUGGCCGCCUUCAUGAAUGGGCUCAGGGCGGAGGAGCUCUACUACAAGCUCGUCGAGAAGCCUCCUAGAGGCCUAGAGGAGCUCUUGACCAGGGCGCACGCCGCCGCUAAUGCGGAGGAGGUUGCUCGCCUGAAGAGAGAGUCAGAUUGGGAGCUCGGAGAUCGGAGAGGACGGGGAAACCCCCCCGAGAAUAAGGACGGCCCGGCCAAGAAGAAUGUUUUCGACCGACUCUCAAAGGAGAAAGCCCCUGCUCCGCCGCCACUCCCUGAAAAAGGCUACACCCCCCUAACUCGGCCCAGAGCCGAGAUUCUGGCCGUCAUAGAGACUGAGGGCCUAGGGGAACGGCCACCCAAAAUGGGGACACCCCGGAACAAGAAAAACCAGGACCGAUACUGUGCCUUCCACCGUGAUGUUGGGCAUGAUACGGAGGGGUGCUGGGCCCUGCGAAAGGAGAUCGAAGAUCUGAUCCAGCGCGGCUUCCUGGGGCGUUUCGUCCGGCAAGGUCGACCAGGUCAGGAGCAAGGACGCACCUACCGCCGAGACAAGGGCGAGGGCCUGCGUCGCGACCGCCUUGAGCGGCGGGACGCUCCUUGGGGCAACUCCCCCGACCAGGUCACUCAGAACUUAGCAGGGGUAAUAAACACCAUUGUUGGGGGCCCCACGGGGGGGGACAGCCAUGCAGCUCGGAAGAACAGGCAGCCUCCCCCCGAGGGGGAUGACUCCCUGAAACGCUUGCGCAUGGAUGAGGAGAUCACCUUCGGACCAAGGGAUGCGGUUCCCCUGGCUUCUGGAAACCACGAGGCCAUCGUGAUAGACGUCGUGACCAAUAACUAUCGGGUGAAGAAAGUGUACGUCGACCAGGGGAGCGCGGUGGACAUCCUGUUUUACCGGAUGUUCAAGGAGCUCGACUUGGAGGACGGGCAGCUAACCCCGGUUCGGACACCCCUAGUGGGCUUCACCGGACCACCCAUCAAUUCGGAGGGGAUGAUCACCCUGAUGGUCACGGUAGGGCAAGCGCCUAAAUGCCGGACCAUCCCCGUCAACUUCGUGGUGGUCAAACAACAAUCCCCAUAUAACGUGUUCUUGGGACGACCCGUUUUGAAUGCCCUCCGAGCUAUCCCCUCGUCUCUCCACCUCAGCGUCAAAUUUCCCACCCUGAGAGGAAUAGCUGAGGUGCAUGGAGAUCCAGAGGUGGCCAGAGCUUGCUACUUGGCCAUGCUCCGGGUACAUGAGAAGGUGGUCGCCCAGACGACCAGCUUGGAGCCUUACUUCCCGGGGGAGGAGGCCCGACAGCUGGGCACCCAGGACGAGAUCGAGGACUUCCCCUUGAGGGAGGACCGGCCCGACCAGGUCCUCCGCGUUGGUGCGUCGCUACCCCCCGAAGAGAAGGAGGGCUUGAAGGCCCUACUAAAGGAGUACGCCCAGGUCUUCGCGUGGACGGUAGAGGACAUGCCCGGGAUUCCGACUGAUCUGGCCGUCCACCACCUCAACGUAGAUCCCCACUUCGAGCCAGUGAAGCAGAAGAAGAGGAGUUUCGCCCCCGAAAGGAAUGAUGUGAUCAAGAAGGAGGUCGGCAAGCUGCUGGAAUCCAAGAUCAUCUUGGAGGUAUAUUACCCGCCUGGUUAG